CUGGGACUUCUUGACCUCGAUUUGCCCCUCCCACAAAUGCAGAUACUGUCAAAAUCAUCUGUAUAAUAAAAGGCAAAAAAUGUCCGGAAAUAAAAAGAUAGAGGAAGCUUUAGAGCACAUAAAAUGUGCGGAAAAAAGUUUAAAAACAGGGCUUUUGAAAUGGCGACCUGACUAUGAUAAUGCUGCAGAUGAAUACAAUAAAGCAGCUACAUGUUUCCGAAACGCAAAGUCAUUUGAUCAAUGCAAGGAUUGUUUGCUAAAAGCUGUGGAAUGUCACAAACAAAAUAGAGCGUUAUUUUAUGCUGCCAAAGCUUUGGAUCAAACAAUUUUGGUGUGCAAGGAAGUUGGUGAUUUUCGGGAUAUUUACAAGUAUGCUGAACGGGCUGCCAAUAUGUUUCAAAGCCAUGGCAGUGCAGAAUCAGCAUGUGCCUCUUUAGAUAAGGCAGCUAAAAUAUUAGAAUCACAAAACCCUGAAGAGGCAUUGAAACUAUUUCAGCAUGCAGCUGAAAUUUCCACUGUUCAGGAUAGCUCAAGACAGGCAGCUGAAUAUGUUAGUAAAGUAGCCAGAAUUUAUGUCAAGCUUCAACAGUAUGACUUGGCAGCUGAUGCUAUUAGACGUGAAUUAGGAUUACACCAAGAAAAUGAAUCUUAUCAAGCUACUGGUAGACUAGUUGUUGCUUUAGUGUUAGUUCAACUUGCCAGAGGAGAUGUAGUUGCAGCAGAAAAAGCUUUCAAGGAAUGGGGCAAUUACUGUGAAGGUCCAGAAGUUCAGACUCUGGAGGCCCUAUUGCAAGCUUUCGACGAAGAAGAUCCUGAGAAUGCCAAUCGGGCUUUGAACAGUCCGUUUAUUAAACACAUGGAUGUCGAGUAUGCUAUUUUAGCUCGCGACAUGCCUCUUCCCCAGGGAAUGUCCGUUCCUCAAAAGGUAUCCGUCAGAGAAAACGCUGCACCCUCCUAUGUUUCUCCCAAUUCUCAGCCAAAGGAGAAGGAAUCUGCUGAAGAAAGCAGUGAACCUCCUGAUGCAAAAGAACCAAGUGACGACGAAGAAGGAGGCGGACUUUGCUAAAAACUCAUUACUUAAAAUGUUUUAUUUAUUGCUUUAAUACAGUCACUUUAAUUUUAAAGUAUGUACAUGUAUAUAUUUACAUUUUAAAAUAGCAUUCCUAAUUACAUUUCAAUUUGGAUAUAGCAAUAUUUUGUAAUGCUUAGUUUUUAAAGUAUUGUUGUAUAUUGCCAUAUUUUCUAUACAAUUGUUACUAAGUUGUAAUACAAAGUAUGAACGCAUUUAAAUAGACAUUUUCAGGCCUAAUUAUUAAAUAAAAUAUUCACUAAAGUGUAAUGCAAUGCCUGGAAUAUAAUAGGAAGUUAUAUGUUCAUGUUAAAAAAUACACUAAUUAAAUUAUUACACAACUUAGUGAUUAUUUUGUAGGUGAUAUGAUUAUUGUGAUUUUAUUAUACUUAAUAUUUAUUUGAAUAAUGCAAGAGUAUAUAUGUAAUUGUAAACUCAAAUAAAAAUUAGAAUAUU